UUAAAUAAUUGACGUUUUUUUUAUUAUAUAUAUAUAUAUAUAUAUCUAAGAAUUCUCUCUUCUUAUGCUCUCAACCACCGCCGGUGGCGUCACUGGCAGACCUCCGGCGAUCAUUGAUACUCCUGGCUGCUCUCACUUAGACCAGCCAUCAAAAACCUUCCUUCAAGCACUCAAUGGCCAGCAUUGUGCAGCUGCGAUCAUCCCUGAAGAAGUUCAGGUGGAGAAAUACAAAGGCCUCCCCUGUGUGGCCUUCACCAUAGAUGAAGUAAACCAGCUUUCAGCGAGGUUCUCUAGAGCUCUUGUUGGCACUUUCUACUAUGGAAGACCAAGCCUCCAAUUCAUCCGCCUCUGUCUGGAAAGGAUAGGUUUCAUGGCUUUCACAGUGGCUCUCAUAGACACCAAUCACAUUCUUAUUAAUUUCUCCAGUGAUAAUGACUAUCACAGAUGUUUCAAAAGGCAUGACGGGAAGAUUGGCUCCUACUCAAUGAGGAUUUCCAAGUGGACUCCUGAUUUUGACCCCAGGUAUGAAUCUCCAAUCUUGCCUCUAUGGAUAGCUAUCAAAGACCUUCCUAUUCACCUUCACUCUAGAUCUUCACUUUUGAGAAUAGGAAAUGUCUUUGGUAAGGCUAUUAAAAUUGACACAACUACUGAAAAUUUUGGACGUCCAUCAACUGCUCGUGUUUGUGUUGAAGUGGAUAUUUCUAAACAUUUGUCCACCAAGUUUUAUGUCAAAAAUGGUGAAACUCCUGUGCUGCUCACUGCUGUGUUUGAAGAUCUCCCUGAGUACUAUGAACAAGAGGUAAAAGAUGCAAUUUGGUCUCUCUCCGCAGACAGUUCAGCCGGCCCAGAUGGAUUCAAUGGGGAAUUCUACAAACAAAAUUGGGAGGAGAUCAAGGAAGACUGUACUAAAGCAGUCCAAGAAUUCUUCCUAGGCAUCCCAAUUCCUAAGUGCAUUUCCCACUCUAAUAUAAUCCUCAUCCCCAAAAAAGAGAAUCCCAUCACUUAUAUGGAAGAAAUCGAAUUCAACUUGUCAUUGGAUUAGUCAAGGGUAUUCCUUCUUCUUCAUCUGUUGGACAGCAUACUACUUACCAGAAAAAGCAGCAGUGAUGAAGAGUAACCAAGUGCUCAAAAUCUUUACAAUUGGACUGCUAGGG